AUGACACUGCGAGAGCGUAACGCUGUCUCGCCCAUUCAGUUCAAUGAUCCCUCCAAAUUGAACUUUCGUGCCGUAUUCAAUAGCCCCUCGACCGGUGCCAUUGCAGGUGCCGCAGUGGGCGGCGUACUUGUCAUGCUUGUGAUCGCCACCUUUGUCUUUUGCCUUUUGAAGCGAAGGUACAAAAAAAUCAAACAUAACAUUGAAGCAACCCCGUAUUUGGAUACAACACCAUCUUCCGGUUCCGACACACCUUACAUGGACAUCAGGGAACGAAAGAUGCAGAUGCUUGGACAAAGGGAACAGCUUGAACGUGAGUUAGAGGUGUAUGAGCAAGCAUCCCAAGAGUCGAACUCAAGGGCUGGGGACGUUCUCGAUGGUAUUAACGGAGCAAAUCAGGAAGAAGACGUUGUUCAAGUAUUACGUCGUCAAAUGGAAGUUUUAACACAGAGAAUAGCGACUUUGGAGGCAGGAGCGGCACCGCCUGAUUACAGCUCUCGUACGAGCUAA